GCCAUUUUGGACUCUGUGUCUGGGCCGAGGUGCCGGGGACGUCUACGCGGUGGCUUUAGCUCCCUGAGGGAGUCUCUCGCGGCGACGAGGGGUCCCGGGAGAAGGACGGCGCGGGCCUGAGAAGGAAGGCUCCUUCCUGGGCAGCCAGAGCCGCAAAGGUGGAGUCGCGUUGGCGCCCGCCGGGGGACCAGCGCCUCGGAUGCGGGUGGAGCGCGGGGGGCCGCUGCGGCGGGAGCGCGAAGCGGGGGCCCCCGGGGGCCUCAUGUGAGAGCCGCGGGACCAGCCGCCGCCGUCCCCAGAGCCCGGGCUGGCGCGUGGGGGACGCCGCCCCCGGCAGCAGGAUGAAACGAGCAGGAAGAGAUAGUGACCAUAAUUCAUCAGAAGAAGGUACUGCAGAGAAGUCCAAGAAACUGAGGACUACAAGUGAGCAUUCUCAGACUUGUGAUUGGGGUAAUCUCCUUCAGGACAUUAUUCUCCAAGUAUUUAAGUAUUUGCCUCUUCUUGACCGGGCUCAUGCUUCACAAGUCUGCCGCAACUGGAACCAGGUAUUUCACAUGCCUGACUUGUGGAGAUGUUUUGAAUUUGAACUGAAUCAGCCAGCUACGUCUUAUUUGAAAGCUACACAUCCAGAGCUGAUCAAACAGAUAAUUAAAAGACAUUCAAACCAUCUACAGUAUGUCAGCUUCAAGGUGGACAGCAGCAAAGAAUCAGCUGAAGCAGCUUGUGAUAUAUUAUCGCAACUUGUGAAUUGCUCUUUAAAAACACUUGGUCUUAUUUCAACUGCUCGGCCAAGCUUUAUGGAUUUACCAAAGUCUCACUUUAUCUCUGCACUGACAGUUGUGUUUGUAAACUCCAAAUCCUUGUCCUCACUUAAGAUAGAUGAUACCCCAGUGGAUGAUCCCUCCCUCAAAGUACUGGUGGCCAACAACAGUGACACACUCAAGCUGCUAAAAAUGAGCAGCUGUCCUCAUGUCUCUCCAGCAGGUAUUCUCUGUGUGGCUGAUCAGUGUCAUGGCUUACGUGAACUGGCCCUGAAUUACCACUUAUUAAGUGAUGAAUUGCUGCUUGCUUUAUCUUCUGAAAAACAUGUUCGAUUAGAACAUUUGCGCAUUGAUGUAGUCAGUGAGAAUCCUGGACAAACACACUUCCAUACCAUUCAGAAGAGCAGCUGGGAUGCUUUCAUCAGACAUUCACCCAAAGUGAACUUAGUGAUGUAUUUUUUUUUAUACGAAGAGGAAUUUGAUCCAUUCUUUCGGUAUGAAAUACCUGCCACCCAUCUUUACUUUGGGAGAUCAGUAAGCAAAGAUGUGCUUGGCCGUGUGGGAAUGACAUGCCCUAGACUAGUUGAACUAGUAGUGUGUGCUAAUGGAUUACGGCCACUUGAUGAAGAGUUAAUUCGCAUUGCAGAACGUUGCAAAAAUCUGUCAGCUAUUGGACUAGGGGAAUGCGAAGUCUCUUGCAGUGCCUUUGUUGAGUUUGUGAAGAUGUGCGGUGGCCGCCUGUCUCAGUUAUCCAUUAUGGAGGAAGUAUUAAUUCCUGACCAGAAGUAUAGUUUGGAGCAGAUUCACUGGGAGGUGUCCAAGCAUCUUGGUAGGGUGUGGUUCCCAGACAUGAUGCCCACUUGGUAAAGACAGAAUGAUGUAGGGCAUGAUGAAUAGCACCUUAACUUUUAAGCAUACUGUAUUAUAAUAAAAGUUUAUUUCCUGUAGGUCUGAUGUAAUAUUACUCUUUUGUGGCAUGGAAAUUUGAUACCUGCAUUGAGCAUUAUAAAAGGAUUGUUUAUUGGAAGAUCCAUGGGUCAGAAAUCUGUUUCUUUAGCCUAAUAACAAUCAAAUUUCAGAAAAAGAUUUUCUAAAUGUGGUUCAGGUCUGAAAUUAAUAACCAGGUAUAAAGAUUAAAUAUUUUACAGUUAAAGGAAACAAAACCUAUAUAUUAUAAUAUCCAAGAAGUAUUAAUAGGUUUUCCAAAAUGUUAUGUUCUCUAUGCAUUUAUUAAAAAUGUAAAGUUGACAUUUUAGGGUUUUCAGUUAUACAUACACCUGUUAUAAGGUGUUUAAUAUAGCUCAGGAAAGUGAGCACUUUGUGAGAAAUACGUAGGAUAUAUCAUAUCUAAUGAAAAAGAUUGGUUGAAUAUUCUCAAAUGUUACAAAGCUGUUUAAAGAGGUACGUAUAAAUAAUUGGAACAGUUAGAAAACUGAUGUCACACGGUGGGUAUUAUAGAAGGAUAAUAAAUGGAGCCAAGAUCAAAUUAAAAUAAACAGGAGGAAUACAGUGUUUAGCUUUGUAUAAACUUUUAGGUUUGCUCUAUAAUCUGCUAAACCAUUUAAAUUCUUUUGUGUGAUAUGUUACUAUGUAUGUGGUACUUGAGGCAUCAUACAUAAAGUAAGGAAUGCUUUAACAGUACUCCUUGGUUUUGUUUAUCUUUGUUUAAACUAGUUUUGAAAUAUACAAAUUGAAAUGAAAGGCUUAUCUAUUUAAAAAGCAAAACUGAAAUAAUUAAGGGUAGAAUUUUAAAAUGUUUAAUAGACUAAUAUUCUUUCAUGGAAAUAAUUUAUAGUCUCCAGUGAAUUUUCGUGAUGGCUCUUUUUUCCAUUUUAGAAUUACAUAGUUAUGUAAGUAGAAUUUUCAGAAAUCAUGAGCACCAAUGUACAGUUCAACAUAAACAUUAAAAGAGGAUAUAUGUAAGUUCAUAAUCAUAUUUUUGAGUAGUGCUCAAUGAACUGGAAAAUUUAAUAGAAAAAUGUCUUCAGUUUUGUGAUUGUUAAUUUGGUUAAACUGGUAUUUUAUAUUAUUUAAGCUAGGUAGCAUUUUUAUUACUUUCAUAUGAAUAAAGGUAAUCCAUACAUUGUAGACUCUGUAAAAACACUAAGUUUGGGGCAACAUUUAGUUUUUUUAGGUACAUAAAACUUUGAUUCUGAGCACUAGUGCCUAGUAGAUAUUAACCUAAGGGAAAUUAGACGUGAUUUACCCCCAAUUAAUGCUUGAAACUUUUUUAGAAAGCAUCUUGGUAGUUAUGGAAGCUCACAAUCCUACAGAUUUAAUCUAUUUUUAAAAUAGAUUACCUUCCUGAGAAUAAAGUAUUUGGUGAUAUUUUACGUAAUUUAUCAUUGUCAAAAAUGAUGGUAUUUUGGCCACAUACAAAUGAGAGGAAAAAAGGUUGAUCCAGACUUGGGAAUUAAAAGCAAUUAAUAUAAUAUUUUCCCCUCUUAGUAAAAAAGCUUUGUAUAAGAAAUACCUGUGUUAAUGGAUGAAGUUUUUUUUUUUUCUUUAACAAUUUUGGAAAAUAGAUAUGAGUACAUGAUCAGUUCUUCUAACCAAAGCUUUAUUUGGAAUUUACUUUUUGUACAAAUUAUAUAUUGCCUGAAACACUUUAAAUCAUUUACAAGCAAAAUGCAUAGCACUUAAUUUGUUUAUACUGUAAAGUACAUGUUAAAUGCUUUUACCAAUUUGAGAAUAAAGAUAGUUACUAAUGUUGUAUUAGUUUUUAAAAACUACCCUAAUAUAUGUACUUUGAUUUUAAAACAAGUCCACUUUAUAAAUUCAUGGUUUUAGUUCCAAAUCCACAUAUAUAUAACAUUUAAUAUUAAAUAAUGUUUAUGUAGAAAGGUUUUUCUAGAGAUACCAGAUUAGGCAAAUGGAAUCUAUUCUUGAAAUUAGGUCUGAUAUCUAAAGCGAUAGGAAAUUAAAAAUUGACAAUGAAAUUUUUCCAAUUUUGUAAAACAAAUGGUUAAAUUAAAAUAAGGAAUACGUUUACAUUUUGAAUAAGAAUUUAUAAAACAUUAUUUCAUAAUAGAAUUCCUAGUCAAGUUCCUUGAACCCAGCUAGCCUUUUUCAGAAAGAAAUGUCUUUAUAUAAAUCCAUAUAAUCAGAAUAGUUUCUAAACUCUUGAAAUUAUUUUCAUCUCCUAUCUUACCAACUUCCAGAAAAUAACUUCAAUUUACCUUGGUGAUCUGGGCUAUUUUACUAUUGGG